GCUAGAGUCACCAGUCGAGCCCUCAAAAGACCUUCACCGUCAGAAGAAGAAGCUAAACCGACUUAUAAAAAGGUCAAUACCCGCGCAAAAAAAUCACCAUCCCGGGUCGGAUCUUUCGUGCAGAACCCGAUCCGGAUCCAUCCCGUACCGAUCAGUUUCACGACUCUGCUCCGGCAGUUGAAUAAAGCCAAGUGCUUUUCAAAAAAAAUUGAGGUAGGAAGAGGAACCAAAUCACCAAUGGAGAGAAGUGAACCCGUCGAUGAAGAUGUGCAGGCAUCUGAGUAUUUACAGAACGACGAGAUUCUUGAAAGAGAUGAUCCAAUGUCAGAUGGUGGAUGCACUUUACGGAUAGGUGAUGAUGAUGAAGCUUUAGUUUGUAGUAGUGAUCAUGAGAUUGAUGUUGGAUUUUGUCAAAACCAAGAGAGAAAGAGCGAGGAUGAUGUGACCACGGAAGAGUUUGAUGAACAGAGCGGUUUACUUGUUGAGAGAAAAGAAUUCGAAGCCCCUGCGGUUGGGAUGGAGUUUGAGUCUUAUGAUGAUGCUUAUAACUACUAUAACUGUUACGCUACUGAAGUUGGAUUUAGAGUAAGAGUGAAGAAUUCGUGGUUUAAGCGGCGUAGUAAAGAGAAGUAUGGUGCGGUGCUUUGCUGUAGUAGCCAAGGUUUCAAGAGGAUUAACGAUGUGAAUCGUGUUAGAAAGGAAACUAGAACUGGUUGCCCUGCAAUGAUUAGAAUGAGGCAGGUGGAUUCUAAGAGGUGGCGGGUGCUUGAAGUUACACUUGAUCAUAACCAUUUGCUCGGUUCCAAGUUGUAUAAAUCUGUUAAAAGGAAUGGGACCAAGAGGAAAUGUGUAUCUAGCCCUGUCUCAGAUGCUAAGACGAUUAAGCUUUACCGGGCACGUGUGAUGGAUACUGUGGACAACGUGAACCCAAGUUUUACUCUUAAGAAACAAUUUCAGAACUCCGCUGGUUCACCCGAUUUGCUGAACCUUAAGAAAGGAGACUCUGCAUCAAUCUACAACUACUUUUGCCGUAUGCAAUUGACAAAUCCCACUUUUUUUUACCUGAUGGAUGUGAACGAUGAAGGUCAACUAAGGAAUGUGUUUUGGGCAGAUGCUUUCUCUAAAGUCUCUUGCAGUUACUUUGGUGAUGUCAUCUUCAUCGACAAUUCUUAUAUAUCCGGAAAGUUCGAGAUUCCACUGGUGACAUUUACCGGAGUGAAUCACCAUGGGAAAACUACAUUGCUUAGUUGUGGUCUUCUUGCUGGAGAGACAAUGGAAUCUUACCAUUGGUUGCUCAAAGUAUGGCUCAGUGUCAUGAAGUGUUCUCCUCAAACCAUUGUCACAGACAGAUGCAAGCCUUUAGAAGCUGCGAUCUCUCAAGUGUUCCCAGGAUCUCAUCACCGAUUCAGUCUGACACAUAUAAUGAGGAAAAUUCCCGAGAAGUUAGGAGGGUUACAUAACUAUGAUGGCGUGAGGAAGGCAUUUACCAAAGCAGUUUACGAAACCUUAAAAGUUGUUGAAUUUGAAGCAGCUUGGGGGUUCAUGGUUCACAACUUUGGGAUUGUCGACAACGAAUGGCUCCGUUCCUUGUAUGAAGAGCGAGUUAAAUGGGCUCCGGUUUAUCUCAAAGACACGUUUUUUGCAGGAAUCGCCGCUGCUCAUCCUGGAGAAACCCUGAAUCCAUUUUUCGAGAGGUAUGUUCACAAGCAAACACCGUUGAAAGAGUUUCUUGAUAAGUACGAGCUAGCUCUUCAAAAGAAGCACAAGGAAGAAACUCUCAGCGACAUGGAGUCUCUCAACUCAAACACAGCCGAGCUUAAAACAAAGUGUUCCUUCGAGACUCAGCUCUCAAGAAUCUACACGAGAAACAUGUUCAAGAAAUUCCAAGUAGAGAUAGAAGAAAUGUACUCAUGUUUCAGCACAACACAGAUUCACGUGGAUGGGCCUUUGGUUAUCUUCCUUGUGAAAGAACGUGUCCAAGCCGAAUCCAACAGAAGAGAAAUCAGAGAUUUCGAGGUUCUGUACAACAGAUCAGUUGGUGAAGUACGGUGCAUAUGUAGCUGCUUCAACUUCUACGGAUACUUAUGCAGACAUGCUCUCUGUGUUCUCAAUUUCAAUGGCGUUGAAGAUUUACCUUUGCGUUAUAUUCUACCGCGGUGGAGAAAAGACUACAAAAGGAUCCACUUCGCCGGUAAUGCCUUGACAGGUUUUGUCGAUGGCACAGACCGAAAUCAAUGGUUUGAUCAGUUGUAUAAAAACGCUCUUCAGGUAGUUGAAGAAGGAGCAUUUUCUUUGGAUCAUUAUAAAGUAGCACUGCAAGCUCUUCAACAGUCUUUGGACAAAGUUAAUAGUGUAGAGGAAAAACAAUAGUAGCGUUUUAUACAAGGAUUUGUAAAACUAUAUAUCUGUAUAUAAAACAAGAAAAAAGAAUCUUAUUUUUAUU